AUGCCAGCAGAAGACCCGAGGCCAGCUGCUGCAACCAGCUUCUCCACGCCUCAUAGCACAGCCGGCUGUUCCUCUCCUCUGCAGAAGUCUCCAAACAGCAGCCCCCCUGCUGCUAUACUAGCAACCAUAAGCAGCAGCAACAUCUCCAGCACACCAGCAGUGGAGCUCCUCUUCUCCAGCGAGAGGCCAUCAUCUCGAGCUCCUUUACAACCUGCUGCACAGCCCACCCCUCUGCCCUCUCCUUCAUUCUCUCUACUCUCAGCCAUACUAGCAGACACCAUCGUGCCCUAUGCACAACUCCCAUCCCACUCCAUACUAGCAGAAGACCCGAGGUCAGCUGCUGCAACCAGCUUCUCCACGCCUCAGAGCACAGCCGGCUGUUCCUCUCCUCCGCAGAAGUCUCCAAACAAUAGCCCCCCUGCUACUAUACCAGCAACCACGAGCAGCAGCAACAUCUAUAGCACACUGGCUGUGGAGCUCCUCUUCUCCAGCAAGAGGCCAUCAUCUCGAGCUCCUCUACAACCUGCUGCAUAG